AUGUCCUGUUGCACAAAACUACUGCAGAAUUCUACUGAUGCUUUAUUGCUGUGCUUGGGUGCUAUAUAUUUUUACUGGUUUCGCUUCCAGGACGCCUAUUUGAUACAUGGUGUUAUCACAGAUGAACUUAUUGAGGUCUGCGGCGUAAAGGUAGAAGAACUUUUCAUCAUACUCAAUCCAGAAUGUUUGGAAGGGUUGGCUGAUUUUCUUAUCCUUUUUUAA